GGAAAGCGGAAGCCGCGGGGCCUUCUGAGUCCGAAAGUCUCCGGAGCUUGCGCCAGGCUCUUCGCGGCGCCCCCCACUUAGACGCGGGGCUUCUGAGCGGGUGGGGGAGAAGGAACUGUUGCCGGUGCGGAGACCAGGCGGCCAGCGUCCGCAGGGAUGAACCUCGAGUUGCUGGAGUCCUUUGGGCAGAACUAUCCAGAGGAAGCUGAUGGGACUUUGGAUUGCAUUAGCAUGGCCCUGACGUGCACCUUUAACAGGUGGGGCACACUGCUUGCAGUUGGCUGUAAUGAUGGCCGAAUUGUUAUUUGGGACUUCUUGACAAGAGGCAUUGCUAAAAUAAUUAGUGCACACAUCCAUCCAGUCUGUUCUUUGUGUUGGAGUCGAGAUGGUCAUAAGCUCGUGAGUGCUUCUACAGAUAACAUAGUGUCCCAGUGGGAUGUUCUUUCAGGCGAUUGCGACCAGAGGUUUCGAUUCCCUUCACCCAUCUUAAAAGUCCAAUAUCAUCCUCGAGAUCAGAACAAGGUUCUCGUGUGUCCCAUGAAAUCUGCUCCUGUCAUGUUGACCCUUUCAGAUUCCAAACAUGUUGUUCUGCCGGUAGACGACGACUCCGAUUUGAACGUGGUGGCUUCUUUUGAUAGGCGAGGGGAAUAUAUUUAUACAGGAAAUGCAAAAGGCAAGAUCUUGGUCCUGAAAACAGACUCUCAGGAUCUUGUUGCUUCCUUCCGAGUCACAACAGGAACAAGCAAUACCACAGCCAUUAAGUCCAUUGAGUUUGCCCGGAAGGGGAGUUGCUUUCUAAUUAACACAGCAGAUCGAAUAAUCAGAGUUUAUGACGGCAGAGAGAUUUUAACGUGUGGAAGGGAUGGAGAGCCUGAGCCUAUGCAGAAACUGCAGGACUUGGUGAAUAGGACCCCAUGGAAAAAAUGUUGCUUCUCUGGGGAUGGGGAAUACAUAGUGGCGGGCUCUGCCCGGCAGCAUGCACUGUAUAUCUGGGAGAAGAGCAUUGGCAACCUGGUGAAGAUCUUGCAUGGGACCAGAGGAGAACUCCUGCUGGAUGUGGCUUGGCAUCCAGUUCGACCUAUCAUAGCUUCUAUUUCCAGUGGAGUGGUGUCUAUUUGGGCCCAGAAUCAAGUAGAAAACUGGAGUGCAUUCGCACCAGAUUUCAAAGAGUUGGAUGAAAAUGUAGAAUAUGAGGAAAGAGAAUCAGAGUUUGAUAUUGAAGAUGAGGAUAAGAGUGAGCCUGAACAAACAGGGGCUGAUGCUGCUGAAGAUGAGGAAGUGGACGUCACCAGCGUGGACCCCAUUGCUGCCUUCUGUAGCAGUGAUGAAGAGCUCGAAGAUUCAAAGGCUCUGUUGUAUUUACCCAUUGCCCCUGAGGUAGAAGACCCUGAAGAGAAUCCAUAUGGCCCCCCACCGGAUGCAGUCCCAACCUCCUUGAUGGAUGAAGGGGCUAGUUCAGAGAAGAAGAGGCAGUCUUCAGCAGAUGGGUCCCAGCCACCAAAGAAGAAACCUAAAACGACCAAUAUAGAACUCCAAGGAGUGCCGAAUGACGAAGUCCAUCCACUACUGGGGGUGAAGGGGGAUGGCAAAUCCAAGAAGAAGCAAGCAGGCCGGCCUAAAGGAUCAAAAGGUAAAGAGAGAGAGUCUCCAUUUAACCCGAAACUGUACAAAGGGGGCAGAGGCUCGCCUCUGGAAGGCUCAGCGGAGGGGAGAGUGCAGGCGGGACUCAGCCAGCCCCCGGCAGCAGGAGGAGCGAUCUCAGAACUGCUAUGAAGACGGUGAAGCUCAUCGUUUUUUCAUGCUGUCGUCAGGUAGCCUUUGGACAGUGCGGCCAGUCAUUUGAGAUUGGCUUGAUGGAAAACAAAGGCCUCUGCCUCCCACCCAGGAGGUGGAAGGAGGAUUUUAUGUUUGAAUGAAGAAGUGAAUUAUGGAAGAAGAGCACAGGUCCCUGCCUUCCCUUUCAAGCAUAAGUCCAAAUAGGCUCUCAGGAAUGAGGAUGCGUGAAGACGUCGGGAGAUCUGACUCACUUCAGCUUCACACUUGGUUGUGUUGCUGGUGAAAAAUGCCCGUGUUUUGUUCACCUGACUGUUGAAGUCACAUCCUUUGGACAUGUCAUUCCCAUCUCCUGCUGCCUUCAUCCUCAAUGCAUGUCCUUGUGACUUGUUCUUUUCUGAAAUUUCGAUACCAGUAUCCUAGGAAACCCGGUGCAUUUUCUGUUUCUUUCAUUCAUAACUCCCCUUCUCAGAUGCUUCCUGUAUUUCUAUAUUGUGUAUAAAGGUUGGACAGAGAAGCGAGUGCUUGAAAGAUUUCAAAUUGGCAGAAAAGGAAGAAAUCUAGAAGGCCCUUGUCAUUCUGUCUCGGGAGGCUGGGCUCUAGAGAAGCUGGGGUUUCCCUUGCAUUGCAUGUUUUCCAGUAUCAGAUCUGUUUGAUAAUCAUGGUUUUUGGAUAUGAUUAGUUUUACCCAUCUCCAGCUAAGGAUCAUCAGUAGUUUGUGUAUUACUUUAUCCGUGUUGACUUCCAGAGUUAGAAACAAAGCAAGGUGUGUUUCUCCACAAGCUUCUGUAUCAUGGGGGUGGGGCACCUAUUCGAGGACUGAUGUGAAACCCCCAAAAUCAAAGCCGCAGCAGCUCGCUUCAAAUCAAAGAUGAGGUUCACUCGUUCAGUCGUUGCCUGUGGAGAACCUGUCCGCACCAGCCAUAGUUGUCUCUCUUCCUGAGCCAGCCCUGUGUUUUCACACACUUCCUUUCUGUGAAAGGUUGCUUAGCUUUUUUACCCUUCUCCUCCUCACCCUGGCUCUCUCUGCAUUUGCUGUUCUUUUAAUAAAAAUAGCAAAUUGGAUGGUAUGUACAAUAAGUGUUUGAAAUUUUCUGAAAAUCCAAAGUCAGAAAGCCAAGUGUGGAAAACGUUAGUUAGUUCGUAUCGUCUCUGGCAAUAGCGUUUGGCUUGCCCUGGGUCAUACUUUCGGCAUUGAAGGGGGGGUUAAAUGCUAUGCUAACUGUGAAUCUCUAUCAGCUGGUGGAGGCUCCUUCAGGUAGCCCAGCCUGUUGACUCCUUUAUAUUGGGGGUAGAAGUGACAGUGGACCCACCCUGCAGGGAGUCUCCAGAGUCAGUGCGGUGCUGCCUCAGGUGUGAGUGAGACCAGUGGCUGUGAGUGGUGAGUGGCUCACGGGACAUGGUCUUAUUUAUAGGUAUUGUAUCCAUGUCCUGUCUCUGGACAGCACCCCGCGGGUAGUGUGCAACGGACCCAGGCUUUCUGCCUUCCCUGUGCGAAGUGCUUGAUUUCCUCCAUCGGCUGCUAGUGCUGUGUCCAUUUCCAUUAACUGGCUACUGAGAAAUCACUCAGACCCUGCCAGGCAGUCUCUGGCAGCAGCUCCUAAUAAUUAUUUAUGCUUUUGGAAUUUUUCGUCAGCUUCUGGAACCUCCCGUCCACUUUGAGCUGGGCUUUUUUGAUCUGUGUGAUAUAUGUAUAUUCUUCUCUUCUUUCUGUUGCCUUCCCUGACUCUCCACUCUGUUCCUUAAAAUGUUCUGUAGUUUUGUACAGGGUGCGGACUUCUUGCUAAAGCUUUAACGCUUUGUAAAUAAAAUGGGAUGUUUAUUAGA